AGUAGACCUUGUUGCUCUUGCCAGAAUCACCUCGUCUGGAAGUACAAGUGAAGAUUUCCUGAAUGAAUAAGUACAAGUGAUUUAUUCCUGAAUGAGUACAUGAAAAUAUGGUGCGGGUUCUUGCGUCAGGUGAAAUAGUCGGGGACAAUGAUCCUCGCGCGGUUCAACAAGCAGCUCGCUCGGGACCAAUGUUAUGGCUGCACCAUUAUUGUUUUGUCGCUUAGGAUUACUAGGGCGGCUUCACUCAAGUUUAUUCUUUCGUCUUUUUUUUGCAAGGGGCUACUAGUAGACGCUAUGACCAUUACUGAAUCGAGCAGGGACAACGAACUUAAUAUUGUUCUUGAAGAAGCAAUCCGAAUUCCGUAACCUUGUUCUUGUUGCAAGCGUAGGAGUUACAAGGAGCUCUAAUCGUGGAUAUAGUGGAGGCAUAUUUGCUCCCACGAUUCGGAAUCGGGCUUCUUAUGGCUACAAGUGACAACUCAUUAUGGCAGUACUAAUGCUAGCCGUGGUAAAAAAAUAGAGUAGUAGAGUGUGCUGUAGGCGUAGUACCCACUUAAUAUUCGAGGUAGUUACUACUUAUGAUAUACAUAGAUAGGCACAUCAUGGAGGCUAGUAAAUGAAACGGGAGGUAAUAGUUGCACAGCGGGUUAUCUUUAAGCUUCGCGAAGAACAGCCCUCGAUCGGUGCUAGAGGAAGCAGGUCCUCAGGUGGAACAAUACAGGGACUCCGGUCGACCGAGGAGGAAAGCGGAACAGCACCUUUUCCGUCCGCCGGUGGUUGUAUCUCAACCGGUGGGGUUUGCUUCGUAUAUAGCGCUGUUUACGCCGCUCUGUUUUUCGUGGGGUGGGUCGCAGUCAAUGUUGUGGAGCUUGCGAUAGCUCCUAAACCGCCGGACCUUCUUCCUGCCUACCCUGGUACACCAGAAAACGAAGAGGAUGGCACUGAAUUUCUAUUGCGGUUACUUCUAGGCUUUCACCUCUUCUGGGACCUGCAGGAGCGGUUUUUGUUUCUCCCCUGGUGUUAAGGCAUUUCAUUUUCUAUUGUUGAAGAUGUCUGUGAUAGUGCUGUCAUGUCGUCAAUUAGGAAGAAUCCAGUAUGCAUUUCUCAGUGUCCUUGAAAAAUUGUAGGUAAGUGCUUAAUACAAGUGAGACAAUUACGCAAAAAUGCAAUACACACAUGCAUAUACUUCUACAACCUCCGUCUUUUGACUCCUCUUUCAUCUAAUCCGGGUUUCAAAAAGGUCGUUCAGUACCACAGUCGACGCCGCUGCAGACGUCACCUUUGGCGGCGCCGCUAAUUGCGACCACUGCUGGAGGCGCCGCUGCAGGCAGCCAGACAUUAUGGAAGUUUUCUUAGCAGAGCAGAAACAAGUAGUUUUGGUUUUUGAUAAGUUGGAGCUUAGGAUAUAAUGUUGUACGUAGUUUAUUCUUCUUCUCGUCCCUGAGGACCUACACCUCUAGCAGCUCCAAGCAUUAGAGAAGCUCUCCUGGAUUCAUUCCAUCAUUCCAGCAUGUACAACUUACGACGUCAGUACUUUACAAUUGGAAGAAUGGCAUUACUUAGGCUCUUUUGUUCCGAGGACGUCGUCUAACGUCGGUCUCGUCUACGGGAGCCUUAGGUCGACGACUGGGUGACAGUGCAAUGACACUCUCGGACAGUUCUCCAGGCUUCCUACGGGCUGCGAGCAUAAGUCUGCAGUUUUUGCUGACUUUUCUUGCGGCAAAUAUUGUCUUCUUUGCGAAAUCGCCGUCCGCCGUCUUUGCUGCUGCGAUCUUGCUUGGAAUUUACAAUUAGGGCAGCAAACAAUAUUAGAAAUGGAAGAAGUACUGUUGAAUUGUGGCUGUCUAGUUUCGCUCUAUAGUCCGGGGGAUGCAGUUCUUAGUUCUUAUUCGCAGAGAUCGUCACUUCAACUUCUUCUAAUUUAGGCUCAUUUUCGUAUUUCAAAACGAAGGGCGAGCGAGCAUUCGUGGCGGGUCACCCACUCUAGUUAAGGAAGGAUAGGUAUAUAGAUACAUCUCUUUUGUUGGUUCGAGAGAUGAGAAGAGAAAAAGAUGAAAAAAUACAACGCAAGGUCGUUGUUGUUCCAUCUUUCAUCUCUUCAUCAUGUGAACUAUGACCAUCUUUGCAAAACAAAAUGAAACUGCUUCACCUGCUUCACCUAUAAAAAAGCUAUUUAGCUCAUUUUCAUUCUAGAUUAGUGCCUAAUCUUCAAUCAAUGUAGCUUUAACCUAGCAGGCGGAAAAGUGAAUCCGUACAUUUCGUCCUAUUGGUGGAGUGUCGGUGGAGCCAUCGCGCUUUACGGCUACGCUUCUGCUCGAAACUGCUUUGACAUGGAGACUAUAUUCGUGACGAACAUUGCAGAUCCACUCUGCUCCUUCAAGCAGGACCCGACAAGAGGUACAACAACUAAGUACUCUUUUGUGAAGACAAAUAUUUUAAUUUCUUCUCAUAUUUGAUCUUCGCCGUUUAGUUCACAAUUUGUUCGUCGAUCAUACUAGGACAUUGCGGCAGCACUCGUGCAGCAGCUCUUGAUGCGUCCACCCAAAAAUGCUUACACUCUCUCAACAACAAGAUCAACAAUCCGCUUGUUCCUAGAUUUAGUCGUGUCGUUUCUGCUUCGGCUCUGUACUUCGGUACAUUUUUUGACGGAGUUGCAGACGAAAAUAAAUCACCGAGAACAGUGGACCGAAGUGAUAGCCAAAGUCCCUGCUUUCACCAACUACGCUGAGUCGCUGAUGAGCACGAUUAUCACGCUACUCUGUGUUUAUGAAUAUGAGAAAGACUGCGUGAAAACGAUUACAGGAGAAACAAGACUUCUUCUGUCGUAUAAGCGUAAUUGUAUGCUAAUGAUCAUGUUGAAAGAGAACAUCGUCGCAUGAUCAUGUAUCUGAAGAUAAAAGUUAAGUACUUCAAUCUUUUUCCGUAGCCAUGCAAAAUGGCUGGUGCAGCUCUCAUUUCUAUGGGGGCUUCACGCUUCUGUUCGGAAACCUGUUUCACCUGAUUACCAUCCAGCUGCUCGGACCAACGAGUACCUGCGCCCUUCUCUGUUAAGGGUCAUGAUCAUAGUUGAGUUUGUUUUUAGUAGUACUAGUAACUCCGAAAAAGUACUUAUUAAUUUGAUACUGAUUGAUUUUUUCGGUCGUUUCAGUUUGUUUUUCUUGUUGGCUUGGGGUCUGCUGCGAUUUUCCUCUCAGCGAUCAUAGGUCUAAAGACUGCGCACGUGGGCAAUGACAAUGUGCGUGGCGCUAGCUCUAGUUCAGUUUCCGACCUCGUUCGGCUUUGAGGGUGGCAGCUUCGGCCAGAAUCUUGAGGUGCAGUCUUGCGGAAUGUCACUGAUGGGGGGCGUCUUUUUGCUUGGCUAUUUCGAAUACUACAGCGUCUAGAAUGACUACAAAGGCCAGCGGAGGUGGAGAAGAAACAGGAUCUGAGUUGUGAUUUGAGUCCCGAUUUGAGUCCUUCUCACUAUUUGUGUACUACUUAAUAGAGACCAGCACAUAGCAGGAUAAUCCUAUUACUACAUAUUGAGGAGCAGUACUGCGCUUUCUAGUGCAAAGCAAGAAACACAAACAUGAUCAUUUUUUUGCAUUCAUAAUCUAUCAUAACAUCAUGGUGUGCGUGGAUAUUUUGUUGAGGACACUGGAACAGCGUGGGUUUUUUGUCUGCGUCGUGCCUGUGUGAUUCAAUGGACAUGGUCCCGACAACAUCACGCGUAAGUAUACUCGACACGCAGCUCCUCUCAAUGCACUUAGUACGCCGAAGAUCAUAGAAGUGGACUCGGCAUGCGGUGUCACCGUCAGACAAAAACGAGCGCAACAUUCUAGAAGUGCUUCUUGAUGCUCCCCAAACAGGGCUGUUCGACAAGUGCGCGUCUCUUGAUCUGCGGUUGUCACAGAAGACCUCGUGUGAGCAAGGAUCUUGACUACGG